AUGAGUCGUUCGCUAAAUCUAAGCAAUUUCCCACCCAGUGCGGAAACCAUCGGAUUCGCAGCGCGUGAUCACUAUCCCGAUAUAGUGUUCAUGCGAGAAAUGCUGCACCCGCCAGGGCAUAGUCGACGGACGGAUAGUACGCGUGAUGUAAUGGUACCGGUAACAGAGUCACUUCCCAAGCGCAUUCUAAGCAUCUUCCUGGAGAUCGGUCUGCUCGAGGCGCUGGGCGAGGCAGCACAGUCGGAAUCGCGGAUCAUUUCCCGGGCUGCCACCUAUCUGCAGCUGAUCGGCCGACGGUUCAAGCAGUACUGGCAGUCGUAUCCGUGCGAACAAUCGAUGGAUCUCGUAGCGAAACACUCGCAAACGCGCAAUUGGCACAAAAGCACCAUCCGCUGUAUGUGCUGGCAUCCGCUGUGCUUCAAGCUUGCCGUUGCCACCAUCGAUGAUACGGUUCGUAUCUACACACGCAAACCGGGUGUAACGCCGAUUCUACGAAGCAGUUUGCAGAAGGCCAUUACAUGUCUGGCAUGGCGGCCAUACACGGGAGGAGAAUUGGCCGUGGGCUGUCAGACCGGUGUAUUAAUCUGGAGCGUCGAUCCGACAAGCCAAAUUAGCCGACCACUGUCCCAGGCGGUACAUUUACAGCAUGGACGCCAUCAACCGGUCACAGCGGUUAGUUGGAGCAGUAACGGUGAGUUGCUGGUAACUGCCAGCAUUAACGAUACCCAUCUGCUCGUGUGGAACGUGGAUCAGCAACGGUGCGUUCCGAUGCAUCGGGUAAAGUUGCCUUGUGCACUCGUUAGUUAUGCUCCGCUCGGGUACAACAUGAUUGCCACUACCAUCGGAAGAGAUUUCUAUCUAUGUACCGUGCCACCGGAACGGGUUACACGGGUCGGCUGGAGUACGGCCAAUGGGUCGCUACAAUCAUUCGCUUGGUCCCGAGACGAACGGCAUCUACUGUUUGUCACAACGGAGGAUAUGAAGCUGUUCUACAUGCGACUAUCGGGUUUAAAAAGUGCAUCGUACGAGUUGGCCUUUCCACUGGUAGAUCUUGAUCAGAAAACUACCGAAGAUGGGUUGAUGAUCGGUGGCAAAGCGCAAUCGAUUGCAUGGUGCCCACAGGAUCGCUUUUUAGCGAUUUCUUUCAAAACCACUUCGGCGAUAGCUAUCUUCUUUACCAACCUGGCAGGACUACAGAUCAACAUUGAUCCUUACUGUCUUAUUUUUGGUGCAGGUGUCGAGUAUCCGUCGUGCAUGUGCUACCAGGAAAACUAUCAGCAAGAGUACAACACGGAUGCACAGUCCGUGCUAACGAUCGGUUGGUCGUCCGGCCGCAUCGAGUACUAUCCUUUGUAG